AUGGACGAUAACGACAAUCAAGAAAAGCAUCACGGCGAGCAACAGGCAGUAUCAAACACCCAACACGAUAUUGAAUAUCUCUACCUCACCUUCGAAACCCCAUUACCAACUCCACUGGGUAUCUCGUCUCCACGACCCGAUCAGAACCCCCCGCCACCAUGUCCCGAUCUCACCAAGUAUACUUCGCCCUUCCUCUGGUCUGAGUCGAGAAAGACAGUCACCACUAUGGUCUCCUGCUGUGUGACGGCGUUGUCGGCCUAUGCGGCGGGGGAGUAUACGUCUCCUUCUAGUGAAUUGACGGCCAAGUGGAAUGUGAGUAAGGUUGUUUAUAAUCUGGGGAUUACGCUGUUUACUUUUGGGUUCGGUAUUGCGCCUAUGGUUCUUGCGCCUUUUUCGGAAAUUAAUGGGAGGAGGCCGAUUUUUGUUAUGAGUGGGUUGGUUUUUACUGUAUGCUUGAUUGGAUGCGGUGCUACCGAGUCAUUUGGGGGAAUGCUGGUGGCUAGAUUUUUCCUGGGUAUCGGUGGAUCAACCUUUUCUACCAUGGUAGGCGGGGUUAUCAGUGACAUCUACAACGCUCAAGACCGCAAUGGCCCCAUGUCGUGCUUUUCAGGAGCUGCGCUCUUUGGAACCGGGCUGGGCCCGCUCGUUUCGGGGUUCAUUGCAGAUCGGGUCAGCUGGCGAUGGAUUUACUACUCCCAGGCCAUCGUCUCCGCCGCCUUUAUCGUCUUGCUUUUCGUCUUCCUCAAAGAAACCCGGGGCAGUGUGUUGUUGAGUCAAAAGGCCAAGGCCCUCAAUCGCUACUAUGAAAGGUUGGAAGAGGCAGGCUAUCACAGUGUGGUGUUUAGCUCAGAUGACUCGAUGGAAAAAUCGCAGGUGCAACGUAUUCGGUGGAAAGUCAAAAGCGAUGAAGAGCGGGAGACUUUGUUCAGGAUGAUCACCAUCUCCUGCUACAGACCCUUCCACCUUUUGUUUACCGAGCCGGUGGUGUUUUUCUUCUCGCUCUGGGUUGCGUUCAGCUGGGCUGUUCUGUAUAUGAAUUUCAGUGCUCUUCCUCUCGUCUUCUCAACAAACCAUGGCUUCAGCGUUGAACAAUGUGGGGCUGUUUUUUCGGCAGUUUCGAUAGGUGCGCUGCUUGCCACUAUCAUGAGCAUUUAUCAGGAGAAGCUUGCUCUUCGGUUUGGCAAGAUGUCGAGUACUCCAGAGGGUCGGCUCUAUUUCACCUGCAUCGAAUCCGUUCUGAUGCCAAUUGGUCUGUUUUGGUUUGGAUGGACGUCGUUCCCAUCUGUCCCUUGGAUUGUACCCACGCUUGCCAUUGCAUGUGCGACAAUGGGGAUCUUUUCCAUCUAUCUGGCCACCUUCAACUAUCUUGCAGACACUUACCAUAGAUACGCCAGCUCAGCGAUUGCUGCACAAUCUUUCUGUCGAAACGUUCUAGCAGGUAUAUUCCCAUUGGUGACAAAUGCCAUGUAUACGAACCUGGGGUAUCCGGAAGCCUCCAGUCUGUUGGGCGGAAUUAUAAUGUCCUUGUAA